GAUUAUUUGCCUGUCCAGCACCUGUUUACUGUAUGGCGGUCUGGCAGACAUACAACCACGGCGAUUCGCGGUUCGCGCGCAGUCAACAGCUUGAACAAAUAUGACGUCCCGUUACACAUCUUCGUGCUCUUCGACUAUCACGAAAAGAAGACUUGGAAGUACGAGACGGAUCGUUUGAAGCAUGCAGGGUGGUUCGUUACUGAAGAUGAGUUGCUUCCUUUGAAGUCCUUGUCUUUUGGGGAGUUCACUGUUCCGGUCCCCGCAGACUCGGAGGCCUACUUGAAUCGAAUGUACGGCCGCGACUGGUCUACAACGCUCCGGAGUAUGUCAGCACUGCAGGAGCUGAAACACUUCAGCGCAGUGGGCUUUUCGAACGCCAGUAUGGCUGAACCCACAGGGCCUCUGGAUCCAGUUAUCCUGGCGUAG